AUGGAUGUUCAAGAUAAAGAGGUAUAUCUAGAUAAACGAGACAAGAUCAUUUCUAAGGUUGAAAAGUCAAAUAAGGAUAUACAGUUUUUAAUUGAUAAACUACAAGCAGCAAUUAUUCAAUACGAAGAUAUAUGCCUGCACUUAGAGUAAGAAGAAAUGAAGGAACAGUUAGCACCUAUGUAUCAGGAGGUUAAUGAGUUAAACUAUGAUCUCUCUUAGAAUUACUAGGAGAUCAAGGAACUUAAAAAAGAAAUUAUCUCGAUGAAGCAGUUCUUAGAUAGUACAAUGAAAGACGAAAAAAUUACGAUCCUCUAAGAUAAGAUCAUGGAUGUACUUAAUGACGUUAAAUAACUAAGAAAACAGAUCAGAAUCUUAAAUGAGAAUAACUACAUCCAUAAUGCUGAAAUAAGUAAAAUAGAGCUAGAUUUAUAGCAAAGGGAAAAAGAUCAUGAGGAGAUACAAAGGCAUUCGAAAUUCGUAGGAAAGCUUAUUAAGACUUAGAAAUUAAAGGAGAGUCUGAUCAAACUGAAGUAAAACUCUCCAGAGAGAGUAGAAGUUGAGUAUGAAACUCCCAAUAAAUUAACUCAAAAAAGGCAAUAAGUAAAUUAAUACUCUGUUAUUUAAAUUUAGCACCAUGAAACUUUAGAAAAGCUUUAAUAAAUCCUGGAAAAGAAAAAAUUCAUGAAGUAGGCAUCAGCUGAACAUCAAAUUGGCUAUCUUGAGAAGAUCUAUCAAAGAUACGAAGAUCACAAUGAUGUGCUCGAAAAGAUCAUAGCCUCUAAAGCUAAAGAAAAUUUAGAACUGCAACAGAAGCUUGAAGAACUUAGAAAAUUGUUGCCUGAGAAUCAAUUAGCAUAACUAGAACCUUAUAUGAAUCAGAGACUACCCAGAGUAGCAUCUCUGAUACAAAUUUCUCAUUCUCCCCAAAUGAUGAAAUCUUUGAUUGACUCAAAACUUAACAGAGUCAACAAUUAGAUUCAUCAAGUGAGAAUACCUUCUAAAUAAAGAUAUCUAAUUGAUGUUGAUUUCUAGCCUAUUGAGAGACACUAGUAAGAUAUGUUCAAGAGUUUGCAGCCAAAGAGUUUAAAGGCCUCAUCUAGUGUCAAAUAAAUAACUAAACCAAGGCAAUCACUUCAAUUGAAAUAGUAGAAUCAGAGAUAGCCAAAUCAUUAGACUAUAAAUGAAACUGGCCCUAUGAAAUAUGAAGAAUUCCUAGAAGACCUAGACAGAGUAGAAUAGUCAGAUUAGUGGAGAUCAGAUAAUUAAUAAUUUGAUGAGUAUUAAGUUUGA